CCCUUACAGAGCGUGAAGCCCACAAAGCGCAAAUACAGUGGCUCCAUAUUCAAGCCUUUGGUCUGGAUUGACUGCGAAAUGACGGGUCUCGAUAUCUCCAAGGAUCACAUCAUCGAGAUCUGCUGCAUCAUCACCGACGGCAAUUUGAACAUCGUUGACGAAAAGGGUUAUGAGAGUACCGUGUAUGUUCCAAAGAAAGUUUUGGACAACAUGAACGAAUGGUGUGUGACUCACCAUGGUCAGUCGGGCCUCACUGCCAAAGUCUUGGCCAACCCUCUGCAGACUUUGGCUAAAGUGGAGCAGGAGCUUUUGGAAUACAUCCAGACAUACAUCAGUGAACCUCGGACUUCUCUUUUGGCGGGCAACUCGGUGCACAUGGAUAAGUUCUUCAUGAUGAAGGAGUUCCCGCGAGUUAUUGACCACUUGCACUACCGUUUGGUUGACGUGUCCUCCAUCAUGGAGGUAGGCUAUCGUCACAAUCCCCAGCUCAUGAAGAUGUACCCCAAGAAGAAGGGCGCACACACUGCUAGAUCUGAUAUUUUGGAAAGUAUCGAGCAAUUGAGGUGGUACACACACAACUACUUAAGAAGU